UCCUUUAACUAUCUUUUCCAGUGCAGGAAACGUCCUGCGCCACAUUAUCCGAAAUGGCUGAGAGCUUGUUAGUGCACAUCAGGCUGCCGAAGCGGCAGCGCUUGGAAGGGCUGGGCCUCCACGUUUGGGGCCCCGCGGCCGCGGUGGAGACGAAAUGGGAGGAGCCUCUGGCGCCUCUGGCGGAGGAUUGGUAUGGACUCACCUUUGAGGUGCCCCUGGCGUUUGCCGAAAAGGAAGGCAAGUUGGCCAUGGGCUUGAUUUUGCACCUGGAUGAUCUCAAGAAGUGCUCGGUGGAGCUCGGCUGGGAGGCCCUGGCCGCCUACGCCGACGAGCUGGGCGACGGCGAGCUGUGGAUCGGCCAUGCGGAGCAGCCCAGCACCCGAGCGCCCGAGCGGACACAACUCUUGGAGGGUGAUCUGCAUUCCUUGGGUGCUCGAGGGCAUUGGGUCUCGCCCAGCUUGAUACUCUGGCGGACCGCCGCAUCACUGCCAGAGAAGUGUGAGGUGACCCUGCAUGCCAGCGCCAGUGCUCAGCUCAGCGAGGCCAAUCUGGCAGGUCAACAGUUCAUUUUGGAGCCGGUGAUGGUGGAUGAAGACGAAGCAAAGGUCUUUCAGGAGAAUCCUUACCUGCAAGGCUGCGGAUGUUUGCGACUGCCGCAGGAGGCGGUGAAGUGCGUGGGUGAACUUUGCAAGCAGCAGCUGGCCCUGUGUCUGCGCGACGCGAAUGGCGAAGUCCUGGACUGCACCGGCGUGCAGAUCGGCAUGCUGUUGGACCAUUGCUUCCGCUACGAUGGCGCGCUGGGUUGCGACGUCACCAAGGACGGCGUCCAGUUUCACCUCUGGGCGCCGAGCGCGGUCUCGGUGGAGCUUUUGCUUUACGACGGUCCACGCAAGGGCACCGCCAGCGUGCAGAGUAUGAGCGAGAACCAGGGCGUGUGGAGUCUUCAAGGCUCCAGGAGGUGGGUGGGCAAGUACUACAACUACAAGGUCCAAGCUUACCAUCCAUCCACCGGUCGUAUUGAAACCAUGGAAACACCCGAUCCUUACUGCUUGGCCUGCUCCGCAGAUGCAGGACGCAGCAUGAUUUGCGAACUUCCCCCCUGCCCCCAGCAGCCGCCCUUGCCGCCCUUUUCGCACCGCGCGGAUGCGGCCAUCUACGAGCUCCACGUGCGCGACUUCAGCGCCAAGGACGACUCCGUGGCAGCGAAGAAGCGAGGGAGCUACUUGGCCUUCGAGGAGGAAGGCACCGUGGGGGACCGGCACCUGCGGCGCUUGGCGGACAGCGGCAUCAGCCAUGUACACCUCCUGCCAACCUUUGACUUCGGCUCGGUGCCCGAACGGUGCGAGGAGCGGUUGGAAGCCGAGAUGCCUAGUAAAGCGGGUCCAGACUCUGAAGGACAACAGAUGGCGGUCAUGGAGGUGGCCGAUCAGGAUGCCUUCAACUGGGGAUAUGAUCCAGUCUUGUUUGGAGUGCCCGAAGGCUCCUAUGCCUCUGACCCCGACGGCCUGGCUCGGGUGCUGGAGCACCGGCGCAUGGUCACAGGACUUCACCGAAAGGGUCUUCGAGUGGUGGCCGAUGUGGUCUUCAACCACGUCUUCGGCAGUGGCCCCGUCGGUCCUCACAGCGUGUUGGACAAGUGCGUGCCCGGCUACUACCUUCGGCGCAGUGAAGAUGGGAAGGUGGAGAACUCCACCUGCAUGAACAACACGGCGACCGAGCGCUACAUGAUGGAACGCCACGUCGUCGACAUGCUGAAGCGUUGGGUGAAAGAGCAGCGAGUGGAUGGUUUCCGCUUCGACUUGAUGGGGCAUUUGACUCUGAGAUGCAUCCAGAAGUGUCGGCAAGCCUUGGAUGAGUUCAGCUUGGAGGAGCAUGGCGUGGAUGGCCCCAGGUUGUUGCUCUACGGCGAGGGCUGGGAGUUCGGCGAGAUCGCCCAGGGCGCGCGUGGUGUUACGGCCGUGCAGCGGUCCCUAGCGGGCACCGGAGUGGGCUCCUUCAACGAUGGGCUGCGAGGCGCAGCCUUGGGCGGCAAUGCCUUUGAAGAUCCCCGAAUCCAAGGCUUUUGCACUGGCCUCGCCUUGCGCCAAGGCGCGGAAGAGGUGCAGCAGACCAACGCGAAGCAGAUGGAGUUGCUCCGCAUCGCUGCUGACAACAUCAGGCUCUGCAUGGCUGGCGGUUUGAAGGACUACAAGUUGGAGCAAGACUGCUUCGGUCGUCGAGCCUUGCCUGCGGGCCAACUGCAUGGCGGCCAUGCGGCCUACGUCUCUGCUCCCGAAGAAGCCGUCAACUUCAUUUGCGUCCAUGACAACGAGACCCUCUAUGACAGCACUGUUUGGAAGAUGCCUGCUGUCAGCACCACGCCAGAGGAGCGUGUGAGGGCCAACUGGCUUUGCACCGCCAUCUUGGCUCUCGGCCACGGUGUCCCUCUCUUCCAUGCGGGCGACGAGGUUUUACGAUCCAAAUCGUUGGACCGGGACAGCUACAACAGCGGCGACUGGUUCAACUGGUUGGACUUCACCGGGAAGCGCUCGGGCUUCGGCCGUGGCUUGCCCCCAUGGGGCAAGAACCACACCAAGUGGGAACUGAUGAAGCCCUUGCUGCGGGACCAGACCUUGGCACCGACGCCACAAAUGGCGCAGAAGACCACGGAGAAGUUCUGUGAGCUGCUCCGCAUCCGUCGAUCUACACCCUUGUUGGGCCUCUGGAAGGCCAAGGAUAUCCAUGAGAAGGUGAAAUUCCCCGUGGACGUUCCAGGAGUGGUGGUGAUGGAAGUGUGCAACGGGCCACCGGCCGACGGCAGCUCCGCGGAGCCUCUCUGUGACAAGUACGCGCGCGUGGUGGUGGUGCUCUCUGCUUUGCCCACGGAGCACCGGGUGGAAAUCCCAGCGAGCUAUACCAAUGGAUCGCUGCAAGUGCAUCCGCUUCACGCUGAGUCCACGGACGAGUUGACACGAGAAGCACGCGUUGACCUGGAGAGCAAUGAGCUGCUGGUGCCUCCCAUGUCGGCCAUCGUCUUCGUGGAGCCCGAGGAGGUCUUGCCGACCGGUGAUGGUCGCGCGGGGCGCUUGAAGUUCAAGCCGGCAGUGCGCGACCGUCCCAUCCGUGGCAAUGGGCUCGGAUUGCUGGAAUCAGAUCCAGCCACUGUCCCCUUCCGCGGCCACUUGGAGUACCGAUGGAAGGUCUACACCGACCUCCGCAAAAGCAUCCAGGAGACCGCCGGCUCGUUGACCCAGUUCGCCGAAGGCUACCAACGCCUGGGCUUCACCACCGAUGAGUCUGGUGCCAUCACCUACCGUGAGUGGCUCCCACCGGCACAGUCCGUGUCCUUGGUGGGGGACUUCAACGGCUGGAACGAGCACGCCACGCCCAUGGCGCGCGACGCCUUCGGCACCUGGGAGGUGACGUUGCCACCGGGCUCCAUUGCCCAUCGCUCCAAGGUGAAGUUCUGCGCCGUGACGCCGGAUGGUGCCAAGGUCUACCGGGUCCCGGCCUGGAUCACAUGGUCCUGCUGCGACCUAGGCAAAUUCGGCUCCACCUACGACGGCAUCUACUGGGACCCCGCCACGCAGCCGGACGCGCCCGACGCGCAGCCGGGCGCGGCGCCGGACGCGCCGGGGGCGCCGGACGUGUACUUCCGCGGGUUCAAGGCGAAGGCACCGACGGUGCAGUCCUUGCGCAUCUACGAGGCACAUGUGGGGAUGUCCUCGGUGGAGCCGAAGUGCAACAGCUACCUGGAGUUCGCACGGGAUGUGCUGCCGCGCAUCAAGGAAGCAGGCUACAACUGCGUGCAGUUGAUGGCCAUCAUGGAGCAUUCGUACUACGGAUCCUUCGGCUAUCACGUGACCUCGCCCUUUGCGGUGUCGUCGCGCUCGGGAACCCCGGAUGAGUUCAAGGUGCUGGUGGAAACCGCUCACGAGAUGGGCAUGCUGGUUUUGAUUGAUUUGGUCCAUUCGCACGUGUCCAACAAUGCCGACGAUGGCCUGAACGGCAUGGACUUUGGUCAGGCGGAGUGCGACAGCUAUUUCAUGACCGGCGAUCGAGGCUACCAUCGCUUGUGGGAUUCCAGACUUUAUUGCUACAAGAACUAUGAGGUCCUGAGAUACCUGCUCUCCAACUUGCGUUGGUGGCUGGAGGAGUACAAUUGCGAUGGAUUCCGCUUUGAUGGCGUGACCUCCAUGCUGUACCAUCACCAUGGCUUGUACAUGAAUUUCACCGGGAAUUACGAGGAGUACUUUGGGCUGCAGACGGAUGUGGACGCGGUGGUCUACCUGAUGUUGGCCUCAGAGUUGGUCAAGAGCGUGAAGCCUUCCGCCAUCAUGAUUGCUGAGGAUGUCUCCGGUAUGCCCGGCUUGUGUGUGCCGGUCGCCGAAGGAGGUGUUGGCUUCGACUACCGUUUGGCGAUGUCGUUGCCGGACUUGUGGAUUUCGCUGCUCAAGGAAGCCAAGGACGAGCAUUGGGGGAUGAACCACAUCGUCUCGAAGAUGUGCAACCGCCGCCGUGGCGUGGAGAAGACGGUGGCCUACGCCGAGUGUCACGACCAAUCCAUCGUGGGAGACAAGACGAUUGCCUUUUGGUUGAUGGAUGCCGAGAUGUACACGGGCAUGGGCGACGACGGCACCCCUGGCUCCGUGCAGAUCGAGCGCGGCAUGUCGCUACACAUGAUUAUCCGCGCGAUCACCAUGGGCUUGGGAGGUGAAGCCUACUUGAACUUCAUGGGGAACGAGUUUGGGCACCCGGAGUGGGUGGACUUCCCCCGUGAAGGCAACAACUGGUCGGCCGCCCACUGCCGCCGCCGCUUCGACCUGGCGGACAGCGGCUUGUUGCGGUAUCGCUUCUUGCUGAAAUGGGAUGUGGCGCUCCACGCGUUGGAGGAGAGCACCGGCUUCGCCAGCGACGAACAUUUGUUGGUCUCGAGCCAACACGAGGAGGACAAGGUCAUCGUUUUCGAACGUGCUGACCUCCUGUUUGUGGUGAACCUCCACCCAUGCAAUGACUACGCUGACUAUAAGGUGGGUGUGCGCGAGCACGGGAGGUACAAGGUCUGUUUGGACUCCGAUGCCCACGACUUCCGCGGACGAGGCCGCACGGUGCACGACUGGGUCUACUUCUCGGCGCCCGAGGGCGUUCCCGGUGGCCCGGGGAACUUCAACGACCGCAUGGCCUCGAUCACCCUCAAGGUCGUGCCGAGCCGCAGCUGCACGGUCUAUGAGAGGCUUUUGGAAGGUGAAGCUCAAACGAGUGGCAUGGACCAACCCGUCUCCCAGGCCAUCCGACAAGCCUUGGACGCGCACGAGGCGGCCGCCGAGCAGCGCAGAGAGCUGGCGGAUCGCAUCAGCGGCGCGUGAGGGGAGCGUUCACGUCCCGUUCACGUCCUGCGCCAUGCUGCGCAGCGCGAUUUACCGGCGCUUUCGCUCAGAGGGUUUGCUUUUUGUCCCUG